AUGGAUGAUGUUAUUCCCAAUAGGGACUGCAGUGACUUGCCAUUAGGGAGUAAGAGCGGUGUGAAUAGAAUUCACCCUGCGGAAGGCAAUAAUAUAUCAGUGUUCUGCGACAUGGAGACGGAUAAUGGAGGCUGGACAGUAAUCCAAAGAAGGUUUAAUGGAACUACAGGCUUUUACAGAUAUUGGGAGGACUACAAAAAUGGUUUUGGGGAAAUUUCCGGAGAACAUUGGCUCGGUAAUGAUAACAUUUACCUUAUUGUUAAGCAUAAAGCCUACACAGUAAGGUUCGACUUUGAAGCUUUCACAGGAGAAACAGCAUAUGCAAUCUAUGACACAUUUAAUGUUUUGGACGAGACGACAAAUUAUACACUGCACAUUUCUGACUAUUCUGGAACUGCAGAGGAUGUUCAAGGCAUUGUUCAAACAUUUGACCAAUCUGAACCUAUGUUGAAAUUCCAGCCAAAUAGAGUGUCUCUUUUAUUAGAGAGUUAUUCAAAUCUUCCACCAGCUGUACUAAGAUUCAGCGAACGAGAUAUCCCAUUAGUUGAAGGAGAACUUUCAAUUGAUAUGUCCUCAUUCCCAGCUGCACUUAAAGGGAAAUUCAAAUGA